UUCUUAUCUCCUCUCAGACCACUCCCAUCUUAUCUCCACUUGUGUCUUGUUUACUUUACAUUCAUAGCAUACAGAUUACGCACCAACUACUCUCAUUCCAAUUUCCAAUUUCCAGUUUACCUCUUCACUGUCUGUUAACAAUGGCUGAAACUGCUGCUUCUGCCCUCCUCAGUGUCAUUUUUGAGAAGCUAACCGAUGAAGCCUUCAAGAAAUUUGCUCGCUCUCAGAAAAUUGAUUCUGAGCUCAAUGAACUGCAGAGCACACUCUCCCAUAUCCAAGAUCUGCUUACUGAUGCUUCUGAGAAAGAAAUAACCGAAAAAUCUGUUAAAAAAUGGCUCAACAGUCUCCAACAUUUGGCUUACGACAUCGACGAUGUACUAGAUGAUGUGGCUACCGAAGCUAUGCGUCGUGAGCUGACCCAGGAAUCGGGAGCAAUCACCAGCAAGGUAAGAGACCUCAUAGUCCCAACUUGCUGCACAAAAUUCUCACUAAGUCAACGUCUGCAUCACAAGUUAGAUAGCAUCAACACCAAGUUACAACAUCUAGAGAACCAAAAGGGCGAUCUUGGUUUGAUUGUGAAAAAUGAAAAGCCAAAAAAUAACAAUAGAGGAAACGAAACCUCCUUGCUAGAAUCUGAAGUUGUUGGGCGAGAAAGUGAGAAAGAAAAAUUGCUCAACAAGCUGUUGCAGGAUGAGCCAUGUAAGGAAAACUUCAGCGUCUUACCCAUAGUCGGUAUGGGUGGGGUUGGUAAGACCACUCUAGCUAGAUUUUUGUACAAUGAUGCACAAGUGAAGGGUCGGUUUGAACUCCACGCAUGGGUUUGUGUCUCUGAUGAUUUUGAUAUCUCUAAGAUAACCAAAACCAUCUUUCAAGCUGUGUCCGACGAAAACAAGGAAUUUGCUGAUCUAAAUCAGCUUCAAGUGGCUCUUAAAGAGAAACUUAAGGACAAGCGAUUUCUACUAGUACUAGAUGAUGUGUGGAGUGAAAACUUCAACGAUUGGGAAAACCUAGUGCUCCCAUUUCAUUCAGGGGCUCGUGGAAGUAAGGUAAUCAUGACAUCUCGCAAGGAGCAAUUGCUUAAGAUGCUAGGUUUUGAUAAUCUAGACCAUCUUAAGACUUUGUCGAGUGAAGAUGCUUUGUCUUUAUUUGCUUUACAUGCAUUGGGUGUAGACAACUUUGAUUUGCACCCAACACUCAGACCAAAGGGUGAGCGUAUUGUGGAAAAGUGUGGUCGUUUGCCUUUGGCUUUAAAGGCAAUUGGAAGGCUAUUGAGAAGUAAAACAGAUGAAGAAAAAUGGGAUGAGGUGUUGAAUAGUAAGAUAUGGGAUUCAAAAAGUGUUGGUGAUCUUUCUGCAGAUUGGAAGGUGAUUUUUCCUGCCCUUAUGUUAAGCUACCAUGAACUUUCAGCAAAUUUGAAGCGGUUGUUUGCAUAUUGCUCCUUGUUUCCUAAGGACUUUUUGUUUGACAAAAAAGAGUUAGUCCUGUUGUGGCUGGCCGAAGGGUUUUUGUACAAACCAAAUGCAGCCAAGUCACCAGAACGCCUUGGUUAUGAAUAUUUUGAAGAGUUGUUAUCAAGGUCAUUUUUUCAACAAUCACCAAAUGAGGAACUGUUAUUUGUGAUGCAUGACCUGAUGAAUGAUUUGGCCACAUUUGUUGCCGGAGAGUUCUUUUCAAGGGAUGACAAUCGGAUGGCGACAGAAGAUUUAGCAAGGUACCGCCACAUGUCAUUUAUUCGUGAUAAAUACGUAGCUUACCACAAGUUUGAGGCCUUCAAGGGAGCUAAAGGUUUGAGAACAUUGUUACCGGUAUAUGUUGGGGUGGAUCAAUGGUGGGACCAGUUCUACUUAUCCAGCAAGAUUUUGGUUGACUUACUUCCUGAGUUACCGUUAUUAAGGGUUCUUAGUUUGAGUCGUUUUAUUAUAAGUGAGGUACCGAAUUCCAUUGGUAGUUUGAAGCACCUGAGGUAUCUUAAUCUAUCUAAAACUGAUAUCAAAGAGUUGCCGGACAAUGUUGGUAAUCUUUAUAAUUUAGAAACAUUGAUAGUUUUUGGAUGUGAGAGUUUGACCAAGUUGCCUAAAAGCUUUUUAAAGCUAAAAAAGUUAAGGCAUUUUGACAUGAGAGAUACUCCAUGUCUGAAAAAGUUGCCCUUGGGGAUUGGUGAGUUGAAAAGCCUACAAACUCUCACUAAAAUUAUCAUUGAAGGAAACAAUGGCUUUGCAAUUACUGAGAUUAAGGGAUUAAAGGAUCUCCAUGGGGAAAUUUCCAUAGAGGGGUUGAACAAAGUACAAAGCUCAAUGCAUGCACGAGAGGCGAACUUAUCUUUGAAAGGGAUUAAUAAGUUAGAGUUGGAAUGGGAUGAUGUUUCAGGAAGGGAAACACUUGAGAAGGAGAUUCUCAAUGAGUUAAAGCCCCAUAGUGAUAAGUUGAAAAUGCUUGAGGUUAAGUAUUAUAAGGGAAUAGAGUUUCCAAAUUGGGUUGGGGAUCCGUCUUUUCAUCAAUUGGUUCAGGUGUCGCUACAUGGUUGUAGAAAAUGUACAUCUCUACCGCCACUUGGGCAGCUACCUUCACUUAAGGAGUUGUUGAUUCAAGGAAUGGAUGAUGUUAAAGUCAUAAGUUUGGAGUUAAGUAGGAGUACUGAUGUUACCUUCCCGUCACUUGAAAUUCUAAGGUUUGAAGAUAUGUCUAGUUGGAAGGUAUGGUCAACCAAUAGCGAGGUGAUGUUUCCACGCCUUCGAGAGCUUCGAAUAAAAAAUUGUCCAAAAUUGAUUGAUGUCUCACUUGAAGCAUUACCUUCACUAAGAGUUUUGAGGAUAGAGGGAUGUGGUGAAAGUGUGCUGAGAAGUCUGGUUCAAGCAGCUUCAUCAACCACUAAAUUGAAAAUAAGAUCAAUUUUAGGGGUUACGGAUGAGGUGUGGAGAGGUGUCAUGGUGAAUUUUGUGGCUGUUGAAGAGCUAUGCAUACAAAUAUGUGAUGAGAUAAGAUAUCUAUGGGAAUCAGAUGCAGAGGCAAGUAAAGUUCUUGUAAAUUUAAAGGAAUUGAAGGUAUGGAAAUGUAAAAAUUUGGUGAGUUUAGGAGAGAAAGAGGAGGAUGAGGAUAACACUGGGAGCGACCUCCUAUCAUCUCUUAGGAAGUUGGUUAUAGAUUCAUGUGAAAGUAUGGAGCGUUUGUGUUGUCCAAAUAGCAUUGAGAGUUUAGUUAUCGAAAGGUGUGGUUCAGUUAGAGAUGUCUCCUUACCAAGAGCAACAACAACAGGUGGAGGAGGGCAGAAUCUCAAGUCACUUGAUAUAUGGGGUUGUGGAAAUCUAAAAUCAAUAAAUCAAUUGAGUAACUCCACUCACCUCACCUCUUUGGCAAUAAUUUCUUGUCCAAACAUGGAGUUAUUUUCUGAUCUUCAUCAGCUAUCAAAUCUCACCUCGUUGAAUAUACAAGGUUGUAAAAGCAUAGAGUCAUUUUCUGACCUUGAGCUAUCAAACCUCACCAGGUUGAGAAUAGAAGGUUGUGAAAGCAUAGAGUCAUUUCCUAACCUCCAUCUGCCAAAUCUCACACAUCUGUGGAUAGAAGGUUGCAAAAACAUGAAGGCAUUUGGUGACCUGCAGCUACCAAAUCUAAUCAGUUGGAGGAUAGACAAUUGUGAAAAUCUGGAGUCAUUUCCUGACCUUCAGCUAUCCAAUCUCACCAUGUUAAAACAUAUGUACAUCAAAGGGUGUCCAAUGAUUGAUGCUUCCUUUCCUCGUGGGCUUUGGCCUCCCAAUUUGUGUUUCCUUCAAGUAGGGGGGUUGAAAAAGCCCAUCUCAGAAUGGGGAAGUCAGAAUUUCCCAGCUUCCCUUGUUGACCUAACGUUAUAUAAUGAACCUGAUGUGAGGAAUUUUAGUCAAUUGUCCCACCUUUUCCCUUCUUCUCUUACUAGACUUUGGAUAGAAAUGUUUGAUAACCUGGAAUCACUUUCAAGGGGACUCCAACACCUCACAUCCCUUCAACAUCUGUACAUUGACAAUUGUCCAAAGGUGAAUGAUCUACCAGAGACGCUGUUACCUUCACUUUUGAGUUUGAUAAUAAAGCAUAAUUGCCCAAAAUUGAAAGAAAGGUGUGAAGGAAGAGGCUCCCACUACUGGCCACUCAUCUCUCAUAUCCCCUGCAUCUACAUAUAAGAGACUAAUUGAAAGAAAGGAACAUUCACAGUUGACCAGGUCAAAUUCAAGAACAGAGAAAACUCUCAAGAUGUCAAUUUUCAGGGAAACUAUCUUGAGUAAAGUGCAGUAAAACUCGCGUGUAUAAUUACUGAAUCAGCUAAUAACAGACAAAAUGUCGAUGACAUAAGUGAUUUAUUCAUGAAAAUCAGUUGGAUUCAAUAUUCAAAGUGAAGGUCUUAAUGAAUUGUCAAACAUCGGACCAGAGGCUAAGUUUAAAGGAAAGGGUUAAAGUGCUUGAUGAUGGACAACAUCAUUUCUGUUGAAGAAAGAAGAUAUUCUGCAAAUCAACAACGUACACAUCCAAAAUACUUCAUAAUUGGUGGAAAGGAGGCUGGCUACAUCUAUUGCCAUAAUUUGGUUCAUUUACAUGCUCUGCAAACAUCCUGAGAUUCAAGAUAAGGUUGAAUAAGAAAUCGAAGAAGCAACAAACAUGAGAAACAAAUUAAGUCACAGAUGUUAAAGAUUUUGCAAACAGUGCGAGUGAAGAAAGCCUAGAAAUGAUAAGUAGCUUCAUGUAACUUGGAACAAAACUCUCGCGACUCUGUUCUGCAUCUCAGUGUGAUAGGGAUGCGGAGCUAAUCCAUGAUCUAGCAGACUGCAAACUCGUAUUUGGUGCAACUAGACAAUUUGAAGUUAUACGAGGAUAAGUAAUGCUAUAGGUUGUUAAUUCCAAGGAACUUAUAAUUGAUGAAGAAUCAAUGGAGAUUACCUCUGACGGCAAGUUACCACUAAUGAGGAUUAUGGAACUAGCCUAUGAUGUCAAUUGUCAAGUUACCAUCUGGAUGAAGAUCAAGGGAACUUACCACUGAAGCAAGUUACCUCUAGUGAAGAUUGAUGAAGUCUCGCUAAUGAAGAAGAGAUGCCACGUGUUAGCCUAUCAUUUGACGAAGACAAUUUGUUGAGAGGAUGUUAUACAUAAUUCUCACUUGUCAAUUUCGUACGUCUCGACAAGAAUAUAGAUACACGAGUUUGCAUUGAUAUUAUUAUCACUUGGCCCCAUAGUUUAAUGUGUCAAGCAGUUGAGUGUGAAGUCGGUGCAUGAACUUAUGUGUGCAAAUUCAGAGAAAAUUUGCAUGUCACCCUCUUCAUAGCUAGAGCGUUAGCUAGAAAACCAUAUGUAAAUUCAAUUUUAAUUUAUAACUAGUUUUACAUGAUGUAUUCAAACAAUCAAUUUUGAUUAAUACCUUGUGCUUAUAGCAAUUGUUCUUC